CUGCCGCUGCUGCUCAUCUCGCUGGCCUUCGCGCAGGAGAUCUCCAUCGGUACACAGAUAAGCUGUUUCUCGCCGAGCUCCUUCUCCUGGCGGCAGGCCGCCUUCGUGGACUCGUACUGCUGGGCCGCCGUUCAGCAGAAGGACUCCCUGCAGAGCGACUCCGGAAACCUUCAGCUGUGGCUGCAUAAGUUUUUCCCCUAUAUCCUGUUACUCUUCGCGAUCCUCCUGUACCUGCCGCCCCUGUUCUGGCGUUUUGCAGCUGCUCCCCAUCUUUGCUCAGACUUGAAGUUUAUCAUGGAAGAACUUGACAAAGCUUACAACCGUGCAAUUGAGACUGCAAGGAGCAUACAUAACCUCAACCUGAGAGACGCUGCCUGCCCAGUUCCGGGGGUUAAUGAGAACACAGGGCAAAGUUUAUGGGAGAUACCCGAAAGCCACUUCAAAUACCCAAUUGUGGAACAGUACUUGAAGACAAAGAAACACUCGAAUAAUUUAAUCAUCAACUACAUCAGCUGCCGGCUGCUGACACUCACGAUUAUACUGCUGGCGUGCGUCUACCUGGGCUACUACUUCAGCCUGUCCUCGCUCUCGGACGAGUUUGUCUGCAGCAUCAAAUCAGGGAUCCUGAGAAACGACAGCACCGUCCCCGAUCAGUUUCAGUGCAAGCUCAUCGCCGUCGGCAUCUUCCAGCUGCUCAGCUUCAUUAACCUGGUGGUUUACGUCCUGCUGACUCCCGUGGUGGUCUACACGCUGUUCGUCCCGUUUAGGCAGAAGACGGACGUCCUCAAGGUGUACGAAAUUCUGCCCACCUUCGACGUUCUGAAUUUUAAGUCGGAAGGCUACAAUGACUUGAGCCUUUACAAUCUGUUCUUGGAGGAGAAUGUAAGUGAGCUCAAGUCCUAUAAGUGCCUGAAGGUGCUGGAGAACAUUAAAAGCAGUGGUGAAGGGAUAGAUCCGAUGGUACUCCUGAACAACCUGGGCAUGAUCAGGAUGGACGCCGUGGACGGCAAAGCAGCCAUGUCUGCGGAGAUGAUGGAAGAAAAGGAGGGGAGCCAGACGACCGAGCUCAAAGAUUUAAAUGCCCACAGUGAAACUAAAGCAAAUAACGGAGAGCAGAAUGCUCGACAGAGACUUCUGGAUUCUUCGUGCUGCUGAUUAUUUCCUUGAACUUCAGAUCUGACUUCUACAAGAUGGGAUUCAUUCUGGCUGAAGCACCUCUGUCGAGUCCACAGCCAGACUGCGGUAAAUUGUCCUAGCUAGCGCUAUGGAGCGCAGCUUACUGAGUCUCUAAUGAAAAAAGACGGCCAACAAAAUAUCACGGAAGAAUGGUUUAUGAACUUCCCACGCGAAGCAAUACAGACAUAAGUGAGCGACAGCAAGUAUUUUGUGUGGGUCCUCACUGAUGAGACGUGGAGGGACUGGUAAGAGUAGUUAAGGGUGAUAGCUUUUUAGAGCAUUGGCGAGAACUUCCUGUACCCCGUUGUGACGAGACCCAGAGCUACUAGAAAGCAAGCACCUCGGGAGAUUUGUUUUAUGAAAUAAUAAUAAACACAUAAGGAUACAAUUUAA